AUGCUGCCUGAUAAACUUCCUACUGGUGAAGUUGUUGCCGAUGAAGUUGUUUUUGCAGUUGAUGCUCUUGACAUCCCGGCUUCCCCAAGCAUUCCAUCCAUCGAGCAACCCCCGUCUUUAGAGCUGAAACAACUCCCUGAAAACCUGAAAUACGCUAAUUUGGAGACUAAUGAAAAACUCCAUGUUAUUAUUUCUUCUAACCUUGAUUUUGAUCAGGAAGACAAACUUUUGCAGGUUUUAAAGAAGCACAAGAAGGCAAUCGGGUGGACAUUAGCCGACCUCCCAGGUAUUAGUCCGUCGACGUGCAUGCACAGGAUAUUACUUGAGGAUAAAGCGAAAACAGUAAGGAAGCCCCAAAUAAGGCUUAAUCCUUUGAUUCUUGAUGUUGUGAAGAAGGAGGUAACCAAACUCUUGCAAGCAGGUGUCAUUUAUCCUAUCUCUGACAGUAAAUGGGUAAGCCUAGUGCAGGUUAUACCUAAGAAAUCAGGACUCACAGUGGUAAAAAGUGAAAAGAAUGAACUUGUUCCCACUAGAGUUCAGAACAGCUGGAGAGUAUGUAUUGAUUACAGGAGAUUGAACCAGGCUAUGAGAAAGAAUCACUUUCCUUUACCGUUCAUUGGCCAAAUGCUUGAACGGCUUGCUGGUAAAUCACAUUACUGUUUUCUUGAUGGUGUUCCAGGUUUUUACAGGCGUUUCAUCAAGGGUUUCAGCAAGAUAGCUCUUCCGCUGUCAAACUUGUUGAAGAAUGAUGUCACUUUCAACUUUGAUGACAAUUGCAAACAAGCGUUUGACUUCUUGAAGAAAGCAUCGACCUCCGCUCCCAUAAUCCAACCACCGGACUGGACCCUCCCUUUUGAGAUUAUGUGUGAUGCGUCUGAUUAUGCUGUUGGGGCUGUCCUUGCACAAAGGGUUGACAUGGCUGCUCAUGUUGUUUACUAUGCUUCUAGAACUUUAGAUUCUGCACAGUCAAAUUACACUGUCACUGAAAAAGAACUGCUAGCUAUUGUUUUUACUCUUGAUAAAUUCAGAUCAUAUUUUCUAGGUUCCAAGGUUGUUGUUUUUACUGACCAUGCAACAUUAAAGUACUUGUUGAAGAAGCCGGAUGCAAAACCGAGAUUGAUUCGGUGGAUGUUGUUGCUCCAAGAAUUUAAUGUAGAGAUUAAAGACAAAAGUGGAGCUGAGAACUUAGUGGCUGACCACUUGAGCAGGAUAGAGAGAGAUGCAGAUCCUUUUCCUAUUCAUGAUGACUUUCUUGAUGAGCAGCUUUUUCUUUUGCAUGGGAUUACACCUUGGUUUGCUGACAUUGUUAAUUUUCUUAUUGCUGGUGUUUUUCCUACAGGGGCAUCUAGAUCACAGAUUCACAAAUUUAAGAGUGAUGCCAAAUAUUAUGUUUGGGAUGAUCCAUAUCUUUGGAGGUUUGGUAGUGAUCAGGUAAUCAGGAGAUGUGUCCCCAACUAUGAGAUUGAAUCCAUUUUGAAAUUUUCUCAUGCAUCUCAAGUCGGCGGACACUUUGGUCUGCAAAGGACUGCAAGAAAAGUCCUUGAUUCAGGUUUCUAUUGGCCAACUGUUUUUAAGGAUGCUUAUGAGACUUACCGCACUUGCAAAGAGUUCCAGAUAAAAGGUACAAAAAUCACUCGCAAGAGUGAAAUGCCUCAGCAGCCAAUGCUUUUCUGUGAGCUGGAAGAGCUUAUACUAGAGGUUUAUGAAAGCUCUAGGAUUUAUAAAGAGAAAACUAAGCACUUCCAUGAUAAAAUGAUUUCUAGGAAGGAAUUUUCUGUGGGCCAACAGGUUUUACUGUUUAAUUCCCGCCUUAAGCUUAUGGCUUGGAAACUUCGAUCCAAAUGGAUUGGCCCUUUUGUUAUUACUAAUGUUUUCCCUUAUGGUGCAGUAGAAAUAAAAAGUGCAGGUACUAACAAGACUUUCAAAGUCAACGGGAAGCGCUUGAAGCUAUUCCAUGAAAGUUCAAUGACUGAAGAUGUUAACAUAAAGGAGCUUUCUUUGGAAGCAUCUAACUACCCUGCAACUUGA